AGAAAAAAAGAAAAGGCCAAAUAAACACUCAAAACACUUUUAUCGAAACCCGCAGAAAAUAGAGAAACUGAGAGAGCCACAGCUUAAACCCCAUAGCAGCAAGGAAAAGAAAAUGGCAAGAAAUCCUGUUGCUGCUGUACGGCAAUUGGUUCGCAAUGGAAGAAAGCUCUACGCGCCGUCUCGAAUUCUCCAUCCACUUCGUUCGACUUCCGUCCAAACCACAUCUCCACCCAUCCAAUCUUCAAUCAAACCCUUCUCUGUAAACCUUCACUUUUCCGACCUCCCUUUUCUGCAGAACCGAUCACUCGCCUCGUCUUCAGGUCCUUCAAACAUUGUUCUCAUUAAGUCAGAGGAAGGAUUCAAAACUGCAAUUAGCAAAGCUCAAGAUGGAUCUUCUCCAGCAAUUUUCUAUUUCACAGCUGUUUGGUGUGGACCUUGCAGGGUUAUAUCUCCUCUUAUUGAAGAGUUGAGUGGUCAGUAUCCUCAUGUAACAACAUAUAAGGUUGAUGUUGAUGAGGAAGGCCUUGGAAACACAUUAAGCCUCUUGAAUAUCACCUCAGUGCCAACAUUUCAUUUCUUUCAAAAUGGGAAAAAGGCCGCUGAAGUUGUGGGCGCAGAUGCUGCACGCUUGAAGAAUACCAUAGAAAAUCUUUACAAGUGAAUUACUUACUAUGCUUUGCCCUUAUUUGUGCUCUUUUAUGUUUUUGUAAAUCCUGCUUUAUAAUAUUGGAUCUCUUCUUUAACGAGUGGAUUUUUAGUUGAUAUUUUGAAGGUUUUACUAAAGUUCUAUUCAUAUUCAUAUUUGAUCAA